AUGAAAUUCUUUUCAGCUCUUUCCCUCAUGGCCGGCAUGGCGAGCGCUCUCCCUGCUGGGGAUGUCAAGGUCCGCCAGCUUGGUAGCGGUCUUGGCAGUGGCCUCGGUAGUGGUCUUGAAAGCGGCCUCGGUGGCGGACUCAGUGGUGGAGGUCUAAGUGGUGGAGGACUUGGUGGAGGACUUGGUGGCCUUGGUGGCUCAUCUACGCGCAAUGACCUCGAGCAAGGCACUGCUGGUAGUUGUCCCAAGGCCAUCUUCAUCUUUGCCCGAGCCACUGGCGAGCCCGGUAACAUGGCAAGUCCUGCCGUGGCGAAAAAGCUCGAAGCCAAGUAUGGAAACGAUCAAGUCUGGGUCCAAGGUGUUGGUGGCCCAUACAAGGCUGAUGUGCAAGGAAACCUUAUGCGUGACGGCUCUACCCCGGAUGCUAUCAAUGAAGCCGUCCGCCUCUACAACAUGGCCCACGAGAAGUGCCCCGACACUCCGGUCGUUACUGGUGGAUACAGUCAGGGAACAGCCUUGGCCGCCGCUGCUAUCUCCAAGCUCGAGCCAGAGGUUAUGGACCAGGUCAAGGGCUGCGUUCUCUUCGGAUACACAAAGAAUGCCCAGAACAAGAAGGCUAUUCCCAACUACCCGCAGGAUCGCACUGCUAUUUACUGCAACACGGGAGAUGGUGUCUGCACUGGAACUUUGAUGAUCACUGCUCCUCACUUCAUGUACCAAAGCGAUGCUGCGGGUCCUGCUCCUGAGUUCCUGACCUCCAAGAUUGGCUAA